AUGAUUUAAUAGAAAAAAUAUUUUAACAAUUAAGAAGAAUUUUUAAACUCUUCGCUUUUAUCUCAUUAGGUUCUCCAUAUAGCUCUGAGCUUCAAAGAAAUUGAUAAAGAAGGUGCAUCAUGUUUAGGUUCUGCAUUAGCAAAUUGCACUAAUCUCACAACUUUGGAUUUUGAUCUUAGUUGUAAUUAGAUUGGUGUAAUCGGUACAUAAGACUUAGGUUCUGGAUUAGCAAACUGCAAAAAUCUCUCAAGUUUGAUAUUUUAUCUUAUUGAAAAUUAAAUUGGUGAUGAAGGUUCAUUAUACUUAGGUUCUGCUUUAGCAAAUUGCACUAAUCUCUCAAAUUUGGCACUUUUCCUUUCUUCCAAUCAAAUUGGUAAUAAAGGUUUGUCAAGCUUAAUAUCUGCUUUAGCAAAUUGCACUAAUCUAUCAAAUUUAACACUUGAUUUGAGUUAGAAUGAAAUUGGUGAUGAAGGUGUAAUAGGCUUAGGUUCUGCCUUAGCUAAUUUCACUAACCUCUCCAAUUUAACACUAUAUUUUAGUUGCAAUAAAAUUUAUGAUGGAGGUCUAUCAGGCUUAGAUUUUGCUUUAGCAAAUCACACUAAUCUCUCAAAUUUGACACUUGAUUUUAGUUCCAAUAAAAUUAGCGCAAUUGGUGCAUCAGGCUUAAGUUUUGCUCUAGCAAAUUUUACCAAUCUCCUAAAUUUAACAAUUUAUCUCAGUUGUAAUAAAAUUGGUGAUAAAUAUGAAUCCGAUUUAUGUUUUGGUUUUAAAAAUUGCACUAAUCUCUCAAAUUUGAAACUUUAUUUUAGCUCCAGUCAAAUUGAUGAUGAAUGUGCAUCAGCCUUAAGUUAUUCUUUAGGAAAUUUUACCAAUCUCACUAAUUUAGAACUUUAUCUCAGUUACAAUAAAAUUGGUUCAACAGGUGCAUCAGGUUUAGGCUCUGCUUUAAGAAAUUUCACUAAGCUUACAAGUUUGUCACUUGAUUUAUGUUCCAAUGAAAUUGGUGCAAUAGGUGCAUCAGACUUAGGUACUGGUUUAGCAAAUUGCACUAAUCUCUCAAAUUUGACAAUUGAUUUUAGUGGCAAUAAAAUUGGUGAUGAAGGUGUAUCAAACUUAUGUUAUGCUUUAGCAAAUUGUACUAAUCUUUCAAAUUUGAAUCUUAAUCUUUGUUCCAACGAGAUAGCUGAUACAGGUGCAUCAGGCUUAAGUUCCGGUUUAGUAAAUUGCACUAAUCUGUCAAAUUUAAAACUUAAUCUUCGUGGUAAUAAAAUUGGUGAUAAUGGUGGAUCAGACUUACUUUUUAAUUUAGCAAAUUGCACUAUUCUUUCAAGUUUGAUACUUUAUCUUAUAAAAAACGAAAUCAAUGAAUCAUAAUAAUUGAAAUUAAAAAGCAGGUGUCUUAAAUUAAAAAGAUUAGUUGUCUUUAAAAUAUAUUUAAAAUGA